CUCCUCUUCAUCAACCUCUUCAUCCUGAAGACGGACAGCCAUGAUGUCUGCCGCCUCUUCUUCCUUCUGCUGCUGAAAACCCAGGGAUGAAGCUCCGCUUCUUCCCGCUGGUCCGGAUUCUGUAGCGGAUUCGGAACCCGCCGGACCGCUGGUUCGGUUCUGUCUAGCAGCAGCAGAUGUUCGGCCGCCUCGCUGACGCUGCGACACGGUUUGUUUACGUGUGAAGAGGAUGAAGAUCCGGAGAUCCAGGAGGAAGAACGACGACAGGAAGCUCCAGUGAUGCCGAACAUCUCAUCUGUGACGCUGCGAUAUAGAAAUGGUGUAUGCUCAGUCCACAAACAGAGUUGGUGUGAAUCCGUCCUUCUACUCCCCGUUUUUCAAGAAUCAGAUGUCAUUUAACUUCUCCAAGAAAGAGAACUUCACUGUGCUGGCUGCCUUGCCCACCACUGCGCUCUACAGCCCCGAGGGCUCGACCCCCAGGCAGCCCAACGCCACCGCCGCCUCUGGCGACCUGUCCUCAGGGGAGGUCGCCAUCCUGGGCCUGGUGUUCGGCUUCCUCUGGCUGGUCUCCAUCCUGGGAAAUGCCCUUGUUUGCCUGGUCAUCCACAGGAGCAGGCGGACUCAGUCCACUACCAACUACUUUGUGGUGUCCAUGGCGUGUGCAGACCUGCUCAUGAGCUUGGGCUGGGCUCCGUUUGUCCUUCUGCAGGUGGCUGCAGGACAAUGGCCACUGAGCGCUGCUGCCUGCAAGGUUGUUCGUUACCUGCAGCACCUGUGCCCUGGCGUUCAGGUUUAUGUGCUGCUGUCCAUCUCUGUGGACCGCUUCUACACCAUUGUCUAUCCGCUCAGCUUCAAGGUGUCCAGAGAAAAGGCCAAGAAGAUGAUUCUGGCUUCAUGGUUGUUUGAUGCAGCCUUUAUUGCCCCCUGUUUCUUCUUUUAUGGCUCUGCAGACAGUCAUUGUGACUUUUUCCUCCCAAGCAGUUGGGGCAGUAUCACCUACGCUGCAUUUCACCUUCUGGUUGGCUUUCUGGUCCCAGUUGGACUCAUCAUUUCCUUCUACCAGCGGGUGGUUCGCUACAUCUGGAGGAUCGGCGCUGACGGCCAUACGGUGCGUCGGACCAUGAACAUCGUCCCGCGGACUAAAGUUAGGACCAUCAAGAUGUUCCUCAUGCUGAACUCAGUUUUCUUCCUCACCUGGACGCCCUUCUACGUGGCCCAGCUGUGGCACCCUGAGGAGGCCGACACGCCCAGCAGGCAGGAGCUGCUGUUCUUCACAACCAUCGCUUGGGUCUGCUUCAGCUCCACGGCCUCCAAACCCACCCUGUACUCCGUCUACAAUGCCAACUUCAGGCGCGGCAUGCGGGAGACAUUCUGUAUGUCAUCCAUGAAGUGCUACCGCAGCAACGCUUACACCAUCACUGCCAGCUCCCGGAUGGCCAAGAAGAACUACGUUGGGGUGGUGGAAAUCCCAGUCCAAGCUAAGACCAUCACCAAGGACUCGGUGUACGAUGCGUUUGACCGGGAGGCGAAGGAGAAGAAGGUAGCCUGGCCCACCAACACCAACCCGCCCAACACUUUCGUUUGAGCGACUGAGCCAACGCCACGGUUAUAGGGCGCCAUUUGUCACGUUACACAGUAAAAUAUUACCAGCAGUAAUUUGGUUUAUUUAACCUGUUAGAGGACAAAAUGUGCAAGCUAAACAUUUAGAUAGCAAGCUAAAUAUUUUGCUUGCCAUCCAAAUACUUGCUAGUUGAAUAUUGCAGUUGUAACUGAAUAUUUAUCUAAUAAAAUUACUAUCCGAUGUUUAGAUGUUUAAUUUGAAAUAAAUAUUUGAUUGGGAGGUACUAUCCAAAUGUUUAUUAUCCAGAUUAAAUGUUUAUUUUGCUAACCAAAUAUUGAGUUACAACCUAAAUAUAUACUUGCAAGCUAAACACCCACAUUUGUUCUCUAAAUACUUCAUUUGAAAGCUAAAUAUUUAGCUUGUAAACUAAAUAUCUAAGUUGGAACCCUUAUAUUUAUAAAUGCAUGAAUAACUUGAAGAUAUGACUUUGAAAAACAGCCACAUUUUUUUCUUUGAGUUGCUAAAUGAACCAAAUUAUUUGUGUGAAUGUCUUCCUGUGUGACCGAACAGACUCUCAGAUUGUUUGUUGGUUUAAAGGGCUUCUUUCUGAUUGGACCGCGCUCCUGGCAGCCAUGUUUUCUACGUCACGUCUCAUGUUUUCACGUUGCUUCAUGAGCGCAGCCAAUGAACAUCAACAGCUACUUGUGUGAUUUGUGAGCUAGAAGCUAACGUAGCGCUGACGUCAUGUGUUGCUUCAAGAGACGCUAGCAGAACCGUGAAGCUGGUUCUGAUUACCUCAACUGGACCGAAGCCGAAGAGUUAACGGGAUGUAGUGUGGCCGGUAGGUGGCGCUGUAGGCUGUCUUUAGCUGUUGCCACUCAGAACCGGAACCAGGACCAGAGGGAACCCGGUUCUGGUAAAUGAUGUAAAAAUGAAAUAAAGGAAGCCGAGAAUUUUCAUCAGA